UAGAAGUAAUUUACAAAUCUGUUUAACUUUCUACCACAAGUUAAUUUAAAGAAAAUACCGUAGUUUACCACCGGAGUACCCCUUUAAACUUCUGUGGGAAGGCUAUUCAGGGGAUUCUGGUGGCCAUUUAUAAUGGAGACCAUGAUAAAUCUAUCUUUCGGCAAACAUUGGUGAUUCAUAGGUCCAACUGAGUAGAAAUCCCAAUUUACCAAAAUUUUUUUUUUGCUUUGGCUACCUACAUUCCACAUUAUUAAAAGAUCACCAUUGCAAUAUAUAAGUGGCACUUACCUGACCUACCAGAUGUACUGACCUACCAGUGGCACUGACCUACCAGACGUACUGUGAUAUGACUACCGAUGGCGGAGGCUGGACCUUGGUGGCCAGUGUACAUGAGAAUAAUAUGUAUGGCAAAUGCACUGAAGGAGAUCGGUGGUCUAGUCAGCAAGGUAACAAUCGGAAUUACCCCGAAGGUGAGGGCAACUGGGCAAAUGAUGCUACAUUUGGAUCUGCAGAAGGAGCCACCAGUGACGAUUACAAGAACCCCGGAUAUUACGACAUCAGAGCUAAAGAUGUUGGUAUUUGGCAAGUACCUAAUAAAACACCACUUCAUCUUUGGAGGAACUCAUCUCUUUUAAGGUAUCGAACAGAUAAUGGCUUCCUACAGUCACAUGGCAACAACCUCUACUAUUUAUACAAGAAAUACCCUGUGGCAUAUAAUAUUGGCAUCUGCGAAAGAGACAAUGGACCAGCAGUGCCAGUUGUCUAUGACCAUGGAAAUGAGGAAAAGACAGCAAGUUAUUACCCGCCUGACUCAAGAAAUCAGUAUAUUACGGGUUAUAUUCAUUUCCGGGUUUUUAACUAUGAGAAGGCAGCACUGGCUCUGUGUCCUGGGAUGAAAGCAGUCGGGUGUAAUACUGAACAUUUCUGCAUUGGAGGUGGGGGCUAUUUCCCGGAAGGAGACCCACGCCAAUGUGGAGACUUUGCUGCAUGGGACUGGGAUGGAUAUGGGACUCAUAGAGGAUCCAGUACCAGCAAGGAAAUCAUUGAAGCGACUGUCCUUCUAUUCUAUCGCUAGCACAAUAUCAAGCAUAAGAAGCUACUAUACCGGCACCGAUGAUGGCCAAUGCCUAUAUCUAUGGUGUCAGACAUUUGGAUUAUGAGACAACAUUAAAGAAUGCUAACCCCCCUCAACCAAAAAUCCUCCAUAGUCUUUUCUU